UUGACAUUACUCAAGACGGUUUAAUACAAGCGAUAGGCUACUUUAAUGAACAAAGAAUGAUCAAAGCAAAUGGAAGUUUAGAGGUUCAAGGAAACGAUACAAAUGCAAGGAUACAGCUUCAUAAUCCUUCCAUAUUUUUAAAUGUUAGUUUUAAAAAAUACCACAAUUCUCUUCUCGUUGUACGAGCAAUUAGUCAAGCUGAUCAUUACCCAUUCCAAUUCAGUUUGAUUAAUUAUGUAAUCAAUCAACAACAUCUUAAAAUGUUAACAGUCAAUACAUUUCAAACAGUAUUGUCUUUGAAUGUAUCCAACUUUUUGAAAAUAUAUUGGAGUAUUAGUUUAAAUUCUACAGGAGAUAAUAAUUUACCUUCAUAUUAUAGCAAAAUGUUAUUCAAUAUAACAAUAUUUCAACAUUUCCUAAUUUAUCAAAGCUCAGUCUAUUGGAAUGAAACUUCAGUUAAUAAUACUAAUGUGAAUACAAAUGAAAAUGAUAAAAAUAUAACAAUUAAAACAAAAGCUGAAAGCUCAGCAUCCAAUCACUUCAAUUUCGAAUGUACCAUCAAUAUGUUUAAAACAAAAACAUUUCUGACUCCGUAUUAUGGACAGCCGACUAAAUUUCAUAUUCAUAUUAAAUUUGUGUCUCCAAAUAAAAAGAGUCUUCGCGAAUUCUCCUUAAUGACUCAUUAUGAGGUUAAUAUUCAGCAAUUAAGGAGUAUUAAAACGUCAGUCACCUCCACUUUUGCUGAUGAAAAGAUUGGUUUCAUUCUAAACAAUCAACUAGAAUGGAAAUUAACUGAUAUUGGAAUGAUAAAUAGAUUAUACAGUACAACUAAUAUUUAUUCUAAAUUAAUGAAUGAAUCUAUUAAAUUAAUUUUAUUGCAUAAUAUUGAAAAUCAAUUAUUAUCAUUAAUACUUAUGGAAUAUAAUAAUCAAUAUGAACAAAAAAUUUAUUCCAUUAAAAGUUGGUUACAACCAUGGCGUAAUUUACAUGAAUUUAUAUUACAAUGGCCAAAUUUAAAAUUACUACAAAUUAUAACUAUAUAUGAUAUUAUACCAAUAGAUUUAUAUAGUGGAAUAACAUUAGAUCAUUUAAUUUACUUUAAUCAUAUAAAAUAUUUUAUUAUAAAAAAUCAAAUCAUGUUUAAAUUAGAUGAACAAAAAUUAUCUAUUUUAUAUCAAAUUAAAAGAUUAAAUGCAUCAAAUACUACUGAAUUAACUUUCAUUAAAAGUAAUAUAACACAAAAUGAGGAAAUUAUUUUACAAUUAGAAUUCAUUAUACAAUUAUAUUACCAUAUCAAAUUAUUACCAUUAUAUAUUCAACUGAUAUGUGAAAGCAAAAUUCAUUUUUAUUUAUCUAAUUAUAAAAUAAAUAAAAAUAUGAUGGGUAAAUUAAAAUUGAAUAUAGAAAAAUUAAAAAGUGAUAUACAUUUUGAAUUAUUAAAUGAUUAUUUAAAUAAUCAAUUCAAUAAUGAUAUUCAAUUACAAAUGAAUUAUGAUUUUAAUAAUAAAUCAAUAAUUCAUCUAAGUUUUAAAACAAACACACAAUUGAAUAUACAAAACAAUUUAAUGAUUUAUUGGAAAUCAAUAAAUCAUUCACAUUAUUUAAUCAUAAAUUGUAUGAUUCCAUCAUAUGGUAAAUUUAUUUAUCAUUUUAAACAUAAAUGGAAUCAUAUUUAUUCUUUUGAAGGUUCUAAUAUGUUGUCAAUUCAAUCAUUUAUAAUAAAUAAUUGGUUGAAUGGAUUUUAUUUAAAUAAUAAUUAUAUUUUACAAUUAAAUACAAAUGAAAAGUUAUUUGAAAUAUAUAUUGAAUAUAAUACAAAUAAUUCAUUAGGUCCUGGUACACCAAUACGUAUAAGAAUAAUGUUUAAACAUGAUGAAUAUUAUAAACAUGGUAAUUUAGAAAUUAGUUUAAAUUCACAAUUAAUUGGUUAUUAUAUUGGAUAUGAAAUGAUGAAUAGUAUGAUUCAAUAUCAUUUGGAUACAAGUAAUAAUGAGAAAUCAAUAGAUUUUAUUAGUCAUUGUAUCAUUGGAUAUCGUUUUUAUGAAGGUCGGGGUACAAAAGGUUAUCAAAUUGAAUUAUUUAUUAUACAAUAUAUAAAUAAUGAUCAACUUGAUAUUUUAUUUAAAAUUGGACAACCUGGUCUAGUUAAUCAUAAUAUAAUAGAAUAUAACCAUUUAUUACAAAGGAAUCAAACAAAAUUUCAAAUUACUACUGUUUAUUUAAAUAAUCCUUAUUUUCAUCUACAUUUUGAUAUUCAAUAUAUUGAGAAUUUAUUAUUACCUAUUUAUUCAAAUAUUAGUCUAUUUAUUCCAUGGAAUCAUUUAAGAUUAACAAUACAAGAACAAUUAAACAUCAAUAAAUCUUCUCCUAUCAUUUAUGAAAAUCUAUUAAUUUCAAUGAAUCAAUCAACAAUAUUUUAUUAUUUUAAUCAAUCAUUUAUAUAUGAAAAUAAGUUAAUUAAAUCUUUAAAUAUACUUCAGAAUAUAUAUUUACAAUGGAAUACAAAUGUAUAUCGUACACAUUAUAGUAUAUUAUCUUAUAAAUGUUUACAAAAUACUAUGAAUACUGAAUAUCAUGAACAAUUUAUAGGUAAUUGGAAUUCAUCUAUCUUUCUAACAUGGAUUCAUAAUCAUUUCAAUAAUAAUUUAAAUAUUUAUUAUAAUUUAACUGAUCAUAUAUGGAAUAAUAGAAUUGAUGGAAAUAUGACUGAAAUCACUAAAAUCAAAUUGAAUACUACUAUAUAUCAAUAUAAUUAUUAUGGUAAUAUUAUCAUUUCAUUUUAUCAUAUUGAUAUUAAACUUAUAAAUACAACAUAUAUUUAUAAAAAACAAUUAUAUAAUUCAAUGAUAUGGAAUUAUAUUGAAUUUAGUUAUUGUCAAAAUCAAACAAUUCAUACUGGAUAUUUAAUAGAAUCUAUAUAUAAACAACAAACUGAUUUGAUUUCUUAUCAAUUUUAUAAUAAAAUAAAUAAUAAUACAAUUUCAAAUGUUUAUUUACAAUUAAAAGAUUUUGAUAAUUUUCAGGUUAUUAUAAACGUUAUUCCAAUUAAUUUUACUAAUAUUCAAUUUAUUGAUAUUCAAUUAACAAGUAGUAUAUCUGUAAGUAAUAUUGAUUGGAUGUUGAAUGGUACAAUGGAAAUUCAGCCAUAUUUACCUAAAAUUUUGAUGCUAAUCAAAAUAUACCCAAUCAUGUUACAUUUCAAUAAUAAUAAUAAUACAUUACAUGUUCAUUUUAAACCAUUACAAUAUUUUAUUAUAAUGAAAAAUACAGAUGAAUAUAGUGAAUGGAAACUUUUUAAUAUGUCUUAUAUACAAACAUUUGACAAUGAAACUAAUAUACAAGCUAAAACUGUAUCUAUUCAAUUAAUAACACCAUUAAUAAUAUUGCCUUAUAUUACAGUGACAGUAAAUAAAUCCAUUCAACGUAUAACUACUAAUGAAACAUUGAAUAAUUUAAUUGAAUUUAAUCAUACUACUAAUUAUAAUCAGUCAAUUAAUAUUCAAAUGAAUUCAAUACAAAUCAAUAAUAAUAAUUUAACGAUUUUAAUUAAUAUUCAUAAAAAGUAUAAAUUAUUAUUAGAUAUUAGAAAAAUUAUAAAAAAUUCUUUAUAUUGCCAUUUUAUAAAUAUUUCAUUAUUUAAUAAACAAAAACAAUUGAAUAAUUUUGUACAAACUUUUGAAAUAAAUCAAUUAAAUAAACAAUUUAACAUUUAUCAAUUAAAACAACAUUUACAAAUACUCAAUAAUAGUAAUGAUAGUUGUUAUUAUAAUUUAUUAUUCAACUUAAUUCAUUCAAAUAAAGUCAAAAAUAAUUUGUUUAAUUUAUUUAAUUUACAUUUUUAUUCAAAUAUACCAAUAUUAAUUAAACAACAAAUAAAUGAAAUGAAUAUAUAUUUUGAAAAUAAUAAUAGUAUUAUUGAUAAUCAGUUUAGUUUUAAAACAAUAUUUAAUUAUUCAUUAAAUAGUAUUCAAUUAAUUUAUUAUCAAUUACAAAUUAAAUUAAUUAAAAGUAACUAUUUAUUAUUAUUCUUAAAAUAUGAAAUAUAUUCAAACAGUAAAUGGAUAAAAUUUAAACAAAAUCAAAAUUGUUUUAUCGAAUUUCAUAUUUAUAAACAAUCUAAUUAUUCAAUCAUAUUUAAUUAUAAUGAAAAAUAUUCAAUCAUAAAUUAUGAUGUAUCACAGUCCUUAUUCAUAUUGAACAUUGAAAAGUUUAUAUUUUUUAAAACAAAUAUCAUGAAAUUCAUUUUAUUAUUAUUAUAUAAUACUACUAAUCAUUUGAAUUAUACAAAACAAAAUAUACAACAGAUUACCAAUAAAACUUUAUUUAUAAAUAAUGAAAAUAAUUUAAUCGAUUUUAUCGUAAUAAUUCCUAACCUUAUUGAUUUCAUAUUUAAAUUUCAAUUAUAUAAUACUAUUGAAUUUCAACAAAUUUAUCAAACUUCAAUAAUAAACAUGAAUGUAUCUACUAAUUUAUCAUUUAUUCCAUCUAUCAAUUAUAUUAUUUCAAUGAAGAAACAAAAUAUUUCAUUCAAACAAUUAAUAACCAUCUUGGAUUAUUAUGGAUGUAUUAAGAAUUUAUUAUAUAAUGGUAAUAUUAGUCAAUCAAAUCUUAUAUCACAAGCGAAUAGUAUAAAUAAUCAAAAUAAAAUUAUGAUAAUCAAAAGUUAUUUACAAAUAUAUAAAAAUACUACUUAUAACAUCAAUAUACAUGUGAAUCUUAAUCCUAUAAGUAAAACAAUCAUUCGAUAUAUUAUUGAUAUGAAUAUGAAUAAAAUAAAUGAUGAUUCAGAAAAUCUCUAUAUUCAAGCUUAUACAAAAUAUGAUUUAAUAAAUCAAAACAAUUUCAUUUCUAUAUUAAAUUUAAAAAAUAAACAAAAAUUAAUCAAUUUUACUAUAUUAAUCAAUUAUUUACAUAAAAAUCAAUUUAUCAGUUUAUUGAUUUCGAACAUUUCAAAUAAUAAUAAUAAUAAUAAUAAUAGUGAAAUAAAUAUUGAAUAUUUAUCAGAAAAUGGGAAAAAAUCAAUAAUUAUUCGAACACUUUUGAGGAAAUUAACUUAUUCUAUUGAAUCAAAUCAAUUUAUAGUAAAUGAAACGAAUAAUGUUUAUAAAAAUAAAACAAUCAUAUAUGAAUCAACUAAUAUGACAAAUCUUAAAGGAAAAAAUAAUAUUCGAAUUAAAUUUACUACUUAUCAGAAUUAUUAUAUUCUGUAUACUGGUGAGAAAACAGAUGAACACAUGGAAAGAUUGCAACAUAUUGGUUUUAAUCUAGAAACAAACAUUUUGAAACAAGGUUCUAUAAAUAUCCUAAGCAAAAUAUCCAAAUCUACAGGUAACACUCAGCUGAUAGUAACCAUGAAUCAUGGGUAUAAUUCAACUGCCGAUCAUCAACUUAUUGUUACAUGGCCACAUGUUUUCGAGGAGGAACAUUAUCCUUUAUUAUUUCUAAAAACUUCGAACAAGUCUUUGAAUCUAACUGUUAGUUAUUUCCAACAACCGGGUAUAUUAAAUACAUCCCUUCAGAUUAUAACAAAUGAACACCACACACAAUGUAAAUUCUACUGGAAAAAAUGGAAUUCUAUUCACCUACUGAUUGAAAAUUAUCUGGAAUUCAAUUACAAUCUUAUUUAUCAAAAUUAUAAUAACAAAAUUUCUCAUAUUAAUUAUGAUUACCAUGAUAUUUUUCAAAUAAUCUACCAGUUAUAUAGUCAAAAUAAAUCAUUCAAUUUUAGUUAUAUAAUUUCAAUGAAUUAUCAAGAUAAGAAUAUGUUUGUUAUUAAUGCUGAUUUGUUAGAUAUUAAGUCAGUAAUCGGUUCCAAUGAACACAAUACGAUACUGCAAAUCAAAUUAACCAAGAAUUAUGGCGCCAUGUUACAAGUAAUCAGUCAUCAUCAGUCAAUCAAUCAAAGUAAUUUGAAUGGUCGUUUAAUAGUACACUUAGAUCAUUCAAACAUUCUUCAUUUAUUUUCGUACUGGAGACCAGAAAUAAGUGAAGAUUUAUCAUUAUCUAUGAAUGGAUUACCUAAACAAAUCAAUUCUAUAAUUCAAUUUAGUUUUUCUAAAAUAUAUCAAUAUGGAAAACAAUUCAUUAUUAUGUUUACAAAUAACUUAAUGAAUUCUAUAGAUCAAAUACAAUUUAUUCAAUUUAUUAAUAUAAUUUAUUCUGAUUUAGAAUAUACUACUUAUUUACUUAUAUAUUGGAUAAAUAAUGAAUCUAUUUUUAUUGAAUCAAUCAAUAUUCCAAUAAUUAAAAAUAUAUUAUCAAUGAAUUUAAAUAUAACAAAAUUAAUUUUUUUGGAAAAAUGGCAUGGAUACAAUAAAAUGUUCAAUAAUUUAAUUCAAUCUAAAUUCAAUUUAAUAAAAUAUUUUGAUAACAUUUAUAAACAUUUAAUGAUAUAUAUAGAAUCAAAUAUACAACAUAAUUCUUUCCAAAAAUUAAUAGACAAUAUUAAUCCAUUUCUUAAUUAUUUGGUGAAUAAAACGAUCGAGAAAUCAGAAGAUUUUUCCAAAGAUUCAAUUAAAGGUUUAAAAAUAAGUUUUAAUGCCUUUGAUGCUUUUUGGUAUUCUAUGGUCGAAGUCUACAAUAUAUGGAUAAAAAUGCCAUCAAAGUUCAGUGAAAAUAUAUACAAUCUCCUUGUUAAUGAUGCCAGAAAUUCUGCGAAACUAGAAAAUAUUACAGUUUAUUUAAAACAGGUGAAUGAACGCUUAAAAAUCUCUUAUAGUUUAUUUGAAAGCAUUCAAAACAAUGUAAGCACUAUAGGGCAAUGUGCCAGUGAUAGAAUCAGUGAACAAUGGUGGGAUGAAAAUUCCAAUUAUGAACAACUGAAUCAGUUCAUCCAACUAAUUAGACAGAAGGAAAUAGAAGAAUCUUACAAGAUACUAUUCAAACCACAUUUGAGGACUUUCACCAAAUCAAUGGAUAAAAAUCAAUAUUAUUUUAAAAUAUAUAUUCCACAGUUAAUCAAGAUAUUUACCUACUACGUACCGAAAAUUUGGCCUUAUUACCUACAGAUCUUAGAAGAACAAUCAAAAAUGAAAUCACAAGUAAACCAACUAACAACAGAAUCUAACAAUUUUGUAUAAACAAUAUUUCUUUUUCUAUCAUAAAUAUCAUAAUGGAAUGCUUUUUUCUUCUUCCUUAAUCCUAAUGAUAAAUGACAAAUUCAUACUACUGUUAUAUACAUAAUACAAAAAAGAAUUGGCAAAAUAUUUGUGAACUUAUGA